AUGGCAUGUGUGAUUGAAGACGAAUUUUCCGAGCCCCAGGAAGCAACGGUCAAGAAGUUGUUGCGGAUCGGGAGCUUGUUCACGAGACCCGCGACGCGAAGGGAUCGACUUCGCAGUUCCCAGUGGGUGUCCAAGUCGACGGACGCUUUGGCGGACUUCCCGUCUCUACAACAGUGCGCCGCACUGAGUUUGCGGGAGUCGUCCAGCUUUCUAAAACCUUUGUUCCGGGAGAAACCUGUUGAUGUACCAGAAGAAAGCAAGAGUUUUACCAUUGGAGGCUCACUUCCUCGGGGAUUUUCCAACGCGGAAGUUCUCCAUCCUAUCUUGAAAGACAAAUUUCCUCAAAUAAAAGUUGUGGAAAUGAAAAAGGGUGGGGAGACGAAGAAGAUCAAGAAGAACUUCUACGCCGCGUUGACGGACAAGGUGCUCGCCAUUUACAAAAAUGUGGAUGAUCACAAAUCGUCGCAAUGGUCGUACAGCUUGGAUCUGAAAGGAGCAGAAGUCACGCGGAAAAUGAAGGGGAAAAAGCCAGCCAAUAGUUUUCAAGUGUCGACAGUGCUGCAACAACGGGCUGUUUUCCACGGCGACGAGAAACUCGUGGACAAUUGGUGGCGUCGCGUGGAAGAAGCUGUCAAACUUCUCAGUGACGGCUGCGCGCCGGAAGAACCCGAGGAAAAGGCCCAAGUUCCGAAUCUUGUCAAAUUGAAGCCACCUGGUGGAAUGUUGGGGAAACUCGGGAGGAAUCGGUCUUUGAAGGAAGCGUUACCAGCGUCAGGGUCGGCUAUGACCAGCAGCCUAGAGGACAUCACAGGAACAGUUAACCAAGCGGAAAAGCAACAGAAAUUGCGGGCGAGGCUGAAAAAGUACUUCAGAAGCCGACCGACAAUCGAUUCAGUCAAAAUGAGUGGCAUAUACAAAGAUGAACCUGUUUUCGGCUGCUCGUUGGCGGCGCUUUGCGGCGUGGACCAGAGCCCGAUUCCCAGGUUCGUGACAACUGUGAUCGAGGUUAUCGAGUCGAAGGAGGAUAAUCUGAAGAGCGACGGUUUGUAUCGGGCUUCUGGAAAUUUAUCGCAUGUCCAGAAAAUACGCUGUCACGCCGAUCAAGACAACUUUAGCGUGAUGAAGACCGAGGAAGAUAUUCAUGUCCUGACCGGAGCUCUAAAGCUUUUCUUCAGAGAAUUGAAAGAACCUCUAAUGUCUCAGCCUUACAUUGAUCGCAUUUUAGAUGCUGCAGAUAUUCAACGAAAGGAUGAGAAAAUGAAGAAAAUUCAGCAAGUCUUGCGUGACUUGCCGCUGUGUAACCGGGCUACCUUAUUGUUCGUGCUGGAACAUUUGAAGAAGGUGGANAAUUGGUGGCGUCGCGUGGAAGAAGCUGUCAAACUUCUCAGUGACGGCUGCGCGCCGGAAGAACCCGAGGAAAAGGCCCAAGUUCCGAAUCUUGUCAAAUUGAAGCCACCUGGUGGAAUGUUGGGGAAACUCGGGAGGAAUCGGUCUUUGAAGGAAGCGUUACCAGCGUCAGGGUCGGCUAUGACCAGCAGCCUAGAGGACAUCACAGGAACAGUUAACCAAGCGGAAAAGCAACAGAAAUUGCGGGCGAGGCUGAAAAAGUACUUCAGAAGCCGACCGACAAUCGAUUCAGUCAAAAUGAGUGGCAUAUACAAAGAUGAACCUGUUUUCGGCUGCUCGUUGGCGGCGCUUUGCGGCGUGGACCAGAGCCCGAUUCCGAGGUUUGUGACAACUGUGAUCGAGGUUAUCGAGUCGAAGGAGGAUAAUCUGAAGAGCGACGGUUUGUAUCGGGCUUCUGGAAAUUUAUCGCAUGUCCAGAAAAUACGCUGUCACGAUGAGAAAAUGAAGAAAAUUCAGCAAGUCUUGCGUGACUUGCCGCUGUGUAACCGGGCUACCUUAUUGUUCGUGCUGGAACAUUUGAAGAAGGUGACGAUGUAUAAAAAGUUCAACCGGAUGGACGAAGCAAACCUCGCAAUUGUGUUCGGACCGACUUUGAUGUGGCCAGAGUUGAAUUCGUUGGAUAUGGCCGCGGACAUGAUGCAGAGAAAUUGGAUCGUUCAAAUCCUCCUCAAGGACCUGGACGACAUCAAGAAGCCCUUUGUUCACUCUCACUAAGAACAGGAUGUGCGAAGGGAAAGCAUGUCGUGGCAUGAGUUUCUUAGUCGCUUUUAGAAUUGUCCGCUUACUCGCGAGACUUCUAAUUUUUCAUAUCAUCAACGGUCGCCUAUUGGAACUUUUUUUUUCCGAAAGGGGGUGAUCUUAUGUCUCUCUCGUACUUUUUUUCCUUUUCCUAGCUUGUCGCAUUUGUUUUUAAGCGCCGCCAUCGUUGGAAUAAUCUUGGCUGUCGUUCGGAUGUUGUCUUGCACUUUGGGCCCAGUUCCUCCUACUUCUACACUCGGGAGAGUAUUUUCUCUGAGGCUAGAGGCAUACUAUUUCUAGAAAUGUUAACGUUUCUAGCAACUGCAUCAUUUUCGAAAACGCUUAUAACUUUCCGAGAAGUUGAGUUUUUUUCUUUUCAAUGUCGAGGCGUUCGAGCAUAAUCUAAGCCGAAAAGUGCAAAAUAGUCCGUUCGAAAGUUAUAUUGAGUUGGUAUUCACGCCAGGAUGACAAUCUCGUUGAAGGUAAAAUUUUUUUGGAAGCUUUGAGCGUUUGUUGUUUGUUGAGUUUGAUUUUUUUUAUAUACCAUAUUUUCCUGCUCUGUGCGAGAUCAGAAAGCUGAAGCAUUUCGAAGCGGUAACUGAGCCCCUUUUUUCAUUCCAAUAAAGUGACGUUGUGUCUUUCACGGAUAAGUUCCACGGAAGGGAACCAAAGCCGAGUGUAUGGGAAUGUUCCAACCCCCGUCUAUUUUGAGAUGUUAUUUAAUCGUACACCCCCGAAGCUGCAAACUUCUUCUUCCCUAUGUGACUUAUGCGGAAUGCUUGUGAUUGAUACAACCAAUGAUGACUUCGAGCUCUUGGGAUACCGUUGUUAUUCGGGAAAGAAAAAAAGCAAAAGAAAGUUUAACCAUUGGACCAGUAUACGUGAUUUUUAUGAAUUGGUCGAAAAUUCGGAGAUGAAACUUCUUGUGGAUCGGGAUUCUGAAACUUUUUUCCGGCCGUAAAGUUUGACUUGAAGAUUCACGGCUCUCUGGCCGUGUGAGAGGGUUCAUUAUUUUUUUGAUGUUCGCAAUCACUCUCUUCCACAAUCCGCGGGAAACGAAAUCGAUGGAAAUGCCUGAAAGGAAUUAUUGCGAAGUGUUUCUUACA